ACGUCAUCAGGAAACAUGUUUUGCUCUUCCCCUGGAAACUCUUGUGCGUAGAACAUUGUGUUGGUGCGGAAGGUGUUUGUGGCCAACUAGCGAUACCAUAACGAAUAAACACAGGAGUAUGCUGCCCAUACAAACACUCAAGGCCUAGUAGAAACACCAUGGAAGAGUCAGGAGGCAGGCCACGCUACCCCAAGAAGGAAGGCCGGGAGAGGGGCCCGGUAGCAGACGAGGCUGAGACCUGGAGGAACCAGGAUGCAGGGAGAGGAUACAGCCCCAAGCCGGAGAGGCGUGGCCAGGGGAAGAGGGGAGGCCACGGAGGGCUUCACCACGCCAGCUCCAAGAAGGGAGCGAUGGAGCCCCAGAGCAGCUCCCCUGCAGGGGGAUUCAAGGAGGGCCACAGCCCCUCACAGAGGGAGGACUUCCAGAGAGCCAGGUACCCAGAGAGCCAGCAGGCCGAGGACCGGGAGGAGAACUGGAGAGAGCGCCCGACACAACGCUGGAGGAGAACUUCUCAGGGAGAGGACAGGGAGCAGAGGAGAGACAAUGUUGACAACACACAUCACUCAGGGGGCAGGAAUCGUAGAAACCAUAACUGGAGGCGGGGUCUAGGUGAGGAGGACCAUGGGCCAGUGGUGGAUGAGUCGGCUCUGUCAGCCAAAGAGCUGCUGGGACUGAAACAGGCGGAGGACAAGAUUGGCAGGGAGAAGAUCUUCCGUCUAAAGAAGAGGUCCCACAGUAACCCCAGUGCUGUCUACUCCUGCUCUCUGUGUGAGGUACUGCUGGACUCUAUCUCUGAAGCUCACAGACACAUCAAAGACAAGUGGCACAAGAGGAGAGCCAAGGAGCGUUGUGAGGAGGAGAUGCUGACGGAGAUUGCGCCCCCCAAGGCAGAGCAGGUGGCAGCAGUGGGCAUGGCCCUGGAGUGUGUGGUCAGAGAGAGGGGGAUGAGUGACCAGGAUGUAGAGAACAGGCAAAAGAUCGUCUCCAACAUGCAGGAAGUCCUAACAGCCGUCCUGCCUGAGGUGAAACUCAGGCUCUAUGGGUCUUCCUGCACCAAGUUUGGUUUCAAAGAUUCUGAUGUCAACAUUGAUAUCCAGUUCCCCCCUCAUAUGCAUCAGCCAGACGUUCUGUUGCUGGUCCAGAAGAGUCUGUCAGUCAGCCAUCUCUACGGUAACCUGGAGGUGGACUUUCAUGCCAGGGUUCCGGUGGUCAUCUGUAAAGACAAGGACAGUGGUCUGGUGUGUAAGGUGAGCGCAGGAAAUGACAACGCCUGCCUGACCACCUCCUUCCUGUUUGAGCUGUCCAGUCGGGAGCCUCUCCUGCUGCCACUGGUCCUGGGUUUCAGACACUGGGCCUGGAUCUGUCACGUGGACCGAGCGGAGGAGGGAGGUCUGCCUUCGUACGUCCUGGCUCUCAUGGUCAUCUACUUCCUCCAACAGAGGAAACGGCCCGUCCUCCCUGCCUACCUGGGACACGAGAUAAAGGAGUUCUCCAUCAGCAGGCUACAUGACUUCAGUCUAACCUACAUGGAGGAUGGCUGUGUCCACUGGGGUUACUACCCCGUCUCUAAGGACUCCUCUUCACCCCCAGAAAUCUUCAGGGAGGGCAAGGUUCCUCUGGUGUUCCAGAGCGCUGUCUCUCCACCAUCGGUGGGUCUUCUGUGGGUGGAGAUGCUGCGUUUUUAUUCGCUGGAGUUCAACAUGACGGAGUGUGUCAUCAGCGUGCGCACCAGCCUCGUCUUAUCACGGGACGCCAAGGACUGGCCCAAGAAACGCAUUGCCGUGGAGGAUCCGUUUGCUGUGAAGAGGAACGUGGCUCGUACAUUGAACAGCCAACAGAUGUACGAGUACAUCCUCCACUGCCUCAAAUCGACCUACAAGUACUUCGCCCUGCCCCUCAGCCUUCCAUCAGCCAACCACAAGAUGGCAGGGCCUCGAGGAGCUAAUUACAAGCAAGGGCCUCGUCAGAAGGCUCUGAGUGACGUGAGCCGUGUCCAAUCAGGGUUGAGCAGUCUCAAACUGGAGUCUCAGGCAGCCAAUGGGCAGAAAGGAGAGGCGGGCUUUAAGCAGGACUCUGACUGUAUGGUGGAGGAAGAGGAGGAGAGCCCUUCAGACUCUGAUAACGAAGGAGAGAAAGAAGAUGAGGAUUUGGGGAAGAACAGCCUAUCGGAGGAGGAAGAGGAGGAUGAAGAGCUAGAUGAGGAAGUAUAUCCCAGACAUCACCUAGACAGUGUGAACACGGAGGACGAAGAGCUGUUCCCAUUGGACGAGGUCUCGGAGGAGCUUCUCUCAGACGAGGAGGGGCCAGACCUAGACACUCCCAGUUCAUUGGACGAGGAGGAGGUAGCCUCGCCCAAACAGGAUGUGCUUGACAACAAGACCGAGGGGGCCAGUGGUCUCUGCUAUGGCUUCAUCAGACAGGCCUUCACCCGUGGAAAGGUAGGUAGAUAUGAGAGCAUGAAUGUUUUGGUUCAAAACAGGUUUUGUCUCCUGCAGGGUCUGGACUGUAUCAGCAUUAUAGAGUCUCUGGCCAGACUCCUGAGGAAACACCCAGGUCUGAGGAACAUCCUCCCCAUCACCACGGCUAAGGUCCCCAUCGUUAAGUUCUACCACGCCAGGACCGGCCUGGAGGGAGACAUCAGUCUCUACAACACGCUGGCCUUACACAACACGCGUCUGUUGGCGUCGUACGCUGCCAUCGACCCCCGAGUCAAGAUGCUGUGUUAUGUCACGAAGGUGUUUGCCAAGUUGUGUGAUAUCGGAGGUGAUGCAUCCUCUACAGGAGGUAAGUCUAGGAACCCACCUGUUAUACCUGUACUACAGGAGGUAAGACAGAGGAACCCACCUGUUAUACCUGUACUACAGGAGAUUUAUGACGAGGAGAAGAAGCCUGAGGUUUUGGUAGAUGGAUGGAAUGUCUACUUCUACGAUGAUCUGGAUAAACUGCCUGAGCGCUGGCAGCAGAAGAACCUGGAGUCUGUAGGUGCUCUGUGGCUGGGCCUGCUGCAGUUCUACACCGAGACCUUUGACUUCAGAGAACACGUCAUCUCCAUCAGACAGAGCGCAGCUCUCACCACCUUCAACAAGCAGUGGACCUCUAAGUACAUCGUCAUCGAGGAUCCUUUUGACCUGAACCAUAACCUGGGAGCUGGCCUGUCCAGGAGAAUGACCAACUUCAUCAUGAAGGCGUUCAUCAAUGGCAGAAGUGUGUUUGGAACAACAGUCAAAGCCUACCCUCCUGAGUACACUAGUCCAAUGGAGUUCUUCUUUGAUCCUGAGGUGCUGACAGAGGGACAGCUGGCUCCUAACGACCGCUGCUGCAGGAUAUGUGGCAAGAUCGGACACUUCAUGAAAGACUGCCCCAUGCGCAGGAAGUCUAGGCAGCGUCGUGAACAGGAGGACCGAGCAGAGGGAAGGAGGGACUGGGCGGAAGGGGGCAGGGAACAUCGUCAGGGUGAAUACUGGAGAAGACAGGAAGAGAAACGGUGCUGCUUCCUGUGUGGAAGCCACGCCCACAUCAAGAAAGACUGCCCCCAGUACAGAGGACCAGCUGGGGCCUUCUCUUCAUCUCCCUCUACGAGCCACAUGAGGAAUUUGAGAGAGAGAAAAACAGGACUCACCUCAACCUGGUCUAAUCCUAGUGUGUUUGUUUGUUUGUCCAGGACUCACCUCAACCUGGUCUAAUCCUAGUGUGUUUGUUUGUCCAGGACUCACCUCAACCUGGUCUAAUCCUAG